UUACAGGGAACAUCAUGAAGAAACUACUGGAAAACUUGGGUUUGGCAGAGUACUAUGAUAAGAAGCUCACUCUACACACAGUGCUGCAGAUUGACAAGACCAGUAUCACAGAUGUGUCUGUUCAGUCCCUUUCAGAUCUGCCAUGGCUGUUCUUGAAGAGACUGAUGAUGCUACAAAGGACAGCGAGGAGCGUUAAGUGUUCCUCAUCAGAUAGGGGAGAAGAUUCAGAGUGGGAUGAUGAUCAGGAGGCUGAAUCAGACUGUCCUCAGUCAGUAAAUCAUUUAGAUAUUUUGACUGCUGUGUUUCUUUGUUCUGACAGUUUUCUUCAGCAGGAAAUGAUCAUAAAAAUGUCCAUGUGUCAGUUUGCUGUUCCUCUCCUGCUUCCAAACACUGAUAACAGUCAGAUCACUCUUAUGCUUUGGGCAAUGAGAGAUAUUGUGAAAAAAUACAUACCACACACCCUAUCAGAUCCAAGUGCAUUUGUGGAAGAAAGGAUUGCUCUUUCAGAAUUACCUUUAGUGUCUUUUGUGAGACUUGGUAGAUGCAACAUUUCCAAAUCAGAAAUUCUAAAUAAGUUACUCAGCAAUCCAGAGCAGUACACUGAUACCUUUGUGCACUUCAACAUGGAUUGUGGAAACAUCAGUAAGAAAAUAUCAGAUGGCUUGGUUGAGAUGGCCUGGUAUCUUCCUUGUGGAAACACGAACAUUGAUGUCUUUCCUGAACCUGUAGCGAUUGCCAACUUGAGAGGUGACAUUCAGAACUUUAGAACACCGUAUGACUUUCUUUGUGAGGCUUCAACUGCUGUGUUUGUGUUCUUUGAACCCCAACUUUUAGAUUCACAGUUAAUUUCAGUCCCCAGUCAGAAAUCUACACCUCAGCUAUUCUUUGUAGGGGACUCCAACAACAACAGCAUAAAAGCUACAGUCAACAAGCUCAAUCUGAAGAAAAGUAAUUUCAUUUUUAAAGCCAAGCAGAAUGAUGCAGACUUCGUUGACAAAAUUCAAAGCAAGUUGCAAGAUGCAAUUAAGAACAACAAUCACAAAAUGUCAGUUGUUCGUUUAGCUGAGAUUGCACGAAAACUGGGAAUCUUGGUGGAUGAGGAUGCUGAAGAAUGUCAGCGUGCCAAAGCAAGUGCAGAUGAAAUCACAUCCAAAAUUAAUUAUAUAGUGCAGUUCAAGAAGGAGGACCUACCCUUGCAAGGAGAAAUAUUGAUGAAAUUGGCCAAGUUAGAGAAGGAAGAAUGUCAGUUGAAGAAAGUAGGGGAUAUGAGUGUUGAGAACUACAAAAAUUACCUUUUGAUGCAGAAAAAUAAACUCAGAGAAGAACAAUGCACCAAAGACAUGUCUGCUACCAUGAGCUGCUUUAUCAGUGCAAUAUCAACACCAGAAAGAGCCUACUUCUUAAAAUGGUUAAGAAUCGCUCUAGAGAAUAAAUCUCAUGAAGUACUGCCUCAACUCAGAGAACUCUACAAACAGAAAUGUCAAGAUAUUUGUGGGAACGAGACAGAAAUUGCUGAGCUUGAUAAAAAGAUUUCAAACAGUUCUUUAGGAGUGGAGCACUAUAUAUUCAUGAAUACUUUUGUUCUCUUGAUAUCACGUAAAUGGCCUGAAUAA